AUGCUAGAGCAGAAGCAGGCCCGAGGGCGUGUUCCGAUCGAGUUUGGUAGCAAGAAGAUGGACGAGUGUCAACAGCGGUGGGAUACACGAGAAAGGGAGUUGUAUGCGGUAAGGUUCUUCGUAGAGAGGUGGCAGGAUUACUUUUGCGCUGCGCCGUUUACCAUCAGGACUGAUCACCAGAACCUGUUGUAUUUGGCUCGGGUUGAAGGACACCCGGGGGUAAAGAGGAUGCUGAGGUUGGUGACCAAGUACUUCUGGUGGCCGGGCAUAACGAAGGACGUAGAAGACUUCUGCCGAGACUGUCCACUUUGUCGUCGUUUGUUUACCGCACCGGUAGCUGUGUCGAAGCCGGGGACUCUGGACAGAGACUGCUUCAAUGAAUUG